AGAUUUUCAAGAGAUGGCAGAAUUGGCUGAGCAAAAUAAGGCACGAUGCUGGGUUGCAAGAGGAAUUGAACCCCAGGAAGUGUGGAUGCCUGAGGAAAAGACAAUUCCUGGCUCAUAUUAGAGCAGUGCCACCUCUCGUAGGGAUGUGGGGAGGCCUUUAUUUAGUUCUUCUUGGGUGCCCGUUGCUGUAAGGAUGCCGAUUGGGGUGGUCGUCCUUGCUUAUCCCCCUUGUAACAUCAUCGCCGCCUCGCUUUCUCCGCCUCCUCUCCAGAACCACAGCAGAGAAGCAGAACCAGGCCUCCCUUCGGUGGGCUCUCGGCUGAAGAAGCACGACAUCGCCGUGGCGCUCGGAUGCUCUCCAGGAACUUGGCUGUUCUAGGAAUGCAUUUCCUGACUGCUCGAGGACGGAGCUCGCCCUGAAAGGCACCAUGUCGAUUGGCGGCGUGGAGGAUGACAUCCCGCAGGGAGAGAGGAAGACCGUCACGGACUUUUGUUACCUGCUGGAUAAAUCCAAACAGCUUUUCAACGGCUUGAGAGACUUACCUCAGUAUGGGCAGAAGCAGUGGCAGUGCUAUUUCGGGCGAACCUUCGACGUUUACACCAAGCUCUGGAAGUUCCAGCAGCAGCACCGGCAAGUUUUGGACAAUCGGUAUGGCCUGAAGCGCUGGCAGAUCGGCGAAAUUGCCUCCAAGAUCGGGCAGCUUUACUACCACUACUACCUUCGCACGUCGGAAACCAGCUACCUGAAUGAAGCCUUCUCCUUCUACUCCGCCAUCCGGCAGCGGUCUUACUACUCUCAAGUCAACAAAGAAGACAGGUCAGGCCAUGCCUCAGUCUUGCCUGAAUUGGUAGUGAAAAAACUCCGAUAUUAUGCACGGUUCAUAGUGGUUUGUCUUUUGCUCAACAAAAUGGAUGUCGUGAAGGAGCUCGUAAAGGAAUUGUCAGACGAGAUUGAAGACUACACGCACCGCUUCAACACGGAAGACCAAGUGGAAUGGAAUCUGGUUCUCCAAGAAGUGGCGGCGUUCAUUGACGCGGAUCCCGUGAUGGUCUUGAACGACGACAAUACCCUGGUGAUCCUCUCCAACCGCCUCUCGGACACGGGGGCUCCGCUGCUGGAGCAGGGCAUGAUCGUGGGGCAGUUGGCCCUGGCGGACGCCCUGAUCAUCGGCAACUGCAACAACCAGGUGAAGUUCAGCGAACUGACAAUCGAUAUGUUCCGGAUGCUUCAGGCUUUGGAGAGGGAACCGAUGAACUUGGCUUCGCAAAUGAACAAGCCCGGGUUGCAGGAGACAACUGAGAAGCCGGCAAGAAGGGAGAACCCUCACAAGUACUUGCUCUACAAGCCCACCUUCAGCCAGCUUUAUACUUUUCUGGCUGCAUCAUUUAAGGAGCUGCCGGCCAACAGUGUCCUGUUGAUCUACCUGUCCGCCACCGGCGUGUUCCCCUCAGGUCGUUCGGAUAGUGAAGGCCCCUAUGACUUCGGAGGCGUCCUGACCAACAGCAACCGGGACGUCAUCAACGGGGACGGCAUCCACAAGCGGAACCAGUCCUACAAGGAGAUGCACUGCCUGCACCCGGGAGAUCUCUAUCCGUACACAAGGAAGCCUCUCUUUAUCAUCGUGGACUCCUCCAAUAGCGUCGCCUACAAGAACUUCACAAACCUAUUUGGACAACCGCUGGUGUGCCUCCUGUCUCCCACCACCUACCCAAAAGCGUUGCAAGAUCAGUCGCAGCGAGGCAGCCUCUUCACCUUCUUCCUCAACAACCCUCUAAUGGCAUUCCUGUUUGUCUCCGGAUUAUCAAGCAUGCGCAAAGGACUUUGGGACAAAUGUCACGAUUACGUUCGCAAAAUCAACCGGGACAUUGCGCAGUUGCUCACUCAUUCCCGUUCCAUAGAUCAGGCAUUUCUCCAGUUUUUUGGGGAUGAAUUCCUUCGCUUGCUCCUAACAAGAUUCAUCUUCUGCUCAGCCACUUUGAGGAUGCACAAACUCUUUCGGCAGGAAACUAGGAAUUAUCCGGAAUCCUAUCCCCAACUGCCAAGGGAUGAAACCGUGGAGAAUCCGCAUCUCCAGAAGCACAUUUUGGAGUUGGCUUCCAUGUUGGACGUCCGAAACGUAUUCCUGGAAACCACGCUCGACGAUUAUUGAAACCGAAAACGCACCCUGGCUUUCUUAACUGCGUGGGUCUUUUUCCCAGCCACAGAAUUUUUGAAAUGGUGCCGUUUUUUUUCUAAUGUGAAGAUCCACAAAAAAAAUAA